CAUUCAUAGGUCAGACUCUCCUGGUCAUUGUGCCAAGUAUGGGACCUACACCGUGAUUGAGGACCGCAUCAACAGGGUUUUGGAUCUUCAACUUGUCCAAAGCUCAGAGGUACCAAGCAGCAACUGGUGUGAGCUGGAGGGUUUGAAGCGAACCAUAGCAUUUCUCAAGGAGCAACACUUGCAAGUUUCAGCCCUUAUUACCGACAGAAAUCGCCAGGUUGCCAAGUGGGUGCGGGAGGAGUUGUGCCCUGAAGGAACAAGUCACUUCUUUGACAUCUGGCAUGUUGGUAAAAGCAUAGGAAAAGCGCUAGAUGCUGCUGCAAAGGAGAGGGGUUGUGAGGACCUUAAGCUGUGGAGGCCAUCGAUUGUCAACCACCUAUACUGGACUGCAGCUUCCACACCUAAUGGGGAUCCAAAUGUAAUGGAGGCCAAGUGGCAAAGCAUGGUGAACCAUGUUCAGGACAUCCAUGAACAUGACAGUCCUGGAUUUCCCUCCUGUGCACAUCUCCCUUUGGAGGGAGAAGCAAGGAACAAGCAGUGGCUGGAACCAGGAUCAACUGUAGCUAUUAAGUUGGAGAGUGUCACUACAAGAACAGCAUUGUUGAAGGAUGUUCGGCAGUUGUCCCCACAGCAUCAGACCUUUUCCCUGGAGGCCUUUCACUCGCUUAUCCUCCACUUUGCACCUAAGCACACUGGCUUCUCCUUCCUUGGGAUGUACAGCAGGCUUCUCUUGGCAGCCCUGCAUUACAACCACAAUGGAAGUCGAGAGGUUGCACGAACACAUGACGGCGAGGUUCAAUAUGGAGUUCGUUACCCAAGGUUCCGCAAAGGAGGCUGGGUCGUCCGCCCUGUCAAGGAGAAGCCAUCGUACGCUUAUGCAUCUGCCCUUAUGGAGUCUCUGAUUGAGGCCUACUCCAGGUCACCAAGGAGUCUACAAGAGAGCUCAGCUGACUUGUCCUCCUCUGCACCUGCCCCCCUUUCCACAUCCUUCCAGAUGAUCAGCAAGGAUGAGGCUGUUGGCUUGUAUCUUGCACGACACACACGUUUUAACACAGGAAAUUAGUGUUAAAACACUGUUAGGUAUUUUGUACACUAUAUUGUAAAGCCACAUUUAAUCUCAGAGAUAGAUGUGGGACCAUGGAGUUAUGUGGUAUCUGCAUUUGCAACCAAGAGAAAGACACAUCUAUUGGCACAUGGAUCCAUUCAGGGAAAGAUCCCUCUUUACUUGAACUUCUGGAUUCUUAAAUUAUUUCCCCCAUUCUGAUUAUCUGCAUUUUAUUAUUAAUGAAGUUAAUAACAAAACUAUUCUUUCCCUAGGUUUUUUCUGGAGGUUUGCCUGCGGUUACCACCUGGUCCUGCUUGACACCCACGCUUUGGUUGAAAUAAGUUUAUGUUCUAGUCUACAGUUUAUGUAUGCUACACAGGAAUAUUUUAUGAAGUUCUAAUCCUGUAUCUUAGUUUUGUUGCUGUGGUUAAUUUUACGUUUAAAUUUGUAUUGCAGUA